AUGGCUUCUGCACAGCGUCCGCAUUUUUUGGCAGUGACAGAAGAUGAUUGUUCGACAAUCACACGACACCAUUCGGCUUGCGAUCUACGCCAUCCUUCGGCUUACCACAGCAGCAGAGACGAGCAAAAAGAGGCUGGGAAUUCGGGAGCAGUGAUGCCAUCGAAAAGUGAAUCCGAUAAAGAUUCUCGGCGACUUCCGGAUGUGAUGAAUUUGAAAGGACGAAGAUCGUCGUUUCGUGAACGAUUUAAUUUGUUUCGUUCGAAAUCGAUCAGUAUUCGCGAUUCGUCGAGGAAAAAUUUGCUGACUCCAUCUGAAAAUAUGGGUGCUUUAGCCGGAAGUGAACAGCAUUUACCCAGAAUGGAAGCAAGCAACAGAAGGCAUUCACUGGAACCAUCGAUUAUAAAAAUAGACGAUGCGAUCAAAAGCAGCACCUGUGAAAAGAAGAAACCGAAAAAUCAAAUUCAUGCAAAAUUUCGCUACACAGUUUUCGCGCAUGAUGCAUCUCAUAUUUUUGUGGAAGAUUCCGAAAAUACUAGUAACUGUAAAAGUAGCGAAGAUAGUAUCGGCAUGGGAAACGAAGAUACCACAAAUAGAACGAUUAUCGAAAUUGAUGAUUCUCCUGCUGCUGUUGCAGUAACAGCAGCAUCACCUGUUCCCGUUGCUCAACCAAUGUCUACGCCUAAAACUCAUCGUUUAACACUGCGACCGCUACGUCGCCACAAAAAAUCGGGCAUUCGAAUGAGUUUAAGGGAUAGUUGGUCUGAAUAUGCUGGUGAACAUUCCCACCAUGGAAAAAAGAGUGAGUUUAGAAAUCACGGUUUUUUACAAAUUUAG